AUGGCCGAAGCACAGGCAGCCGGAGUGCCUCACAUUUUAGAGACGAUUUCCGCCGUUUGGAACUCAUGGCCGUGGACAGCAAAGACAUGCAUGGUCUUCACAUACGUGCAAAUUGUUUCUUGCCUGAUGGCCCAUUUUUCUUGGCAAGCUGGACCGCUCUACAAGGGCAUCAUUGAGGAUGAGAUCCAAGUCUUCAGUGUGACCAGGAAUGCCUUGAUCAUUCCUAUGGCCCUCAUUACUUUGGUUGCCGGAUAUCAGGUAGCCGAGAUGUGUUCCGCCCGACCCAGGCACAGAGCACUUGUGAUUUCCAGAGUGUCAAUGUUCGAGUUUGUUGUCAAGAUUUGCUAUUACACGUUGCUGUCGCGCGGCUACGGCUUGGCAUUUCAGAAUCAACGGUGCAAUGACGAGAGGCCCAUCUACCUGACUCGUUGGAUCGGUUGGACAUAUGCGAUCCCAACCAUGCUUUUCAUGAACUUGUACCCGCUCAUGGACAACUAUCGAGCGCUUGAAGUCCUUGUUCGGAUUUUUCCGCAACUGGCCGCCUCAGCAACAUACUGUUGGGCUUGCGGCUUGGGCUGCGUCUUGUAUGAUCCAUGGAUGGGUUGGUUCCUGAACAUGCUUGGCUGUGCUGCCUACACUGUUGUUGUUGCGGAUGAAGUUGUCUACGUUCGUGAGCACAUUAGGACAACAUCGCAACCUGUACUCAAAGGCGUCAGCGUCAUCGUCAAGGAAGUGAUGUUUGUCAUCUACACGGCAGUCUUUCUGCUUGGGAACUGGGGAAUUAUCAGCUCCUACGCUUGCCAAGUAUUCUACAGCAUCACGGAUGUCAGUCACCUUGCAGUCAUGUCAACACUUCUUUUUGUGUACUGGAACCUGGACGACCCAAAGCUGACCGGUGACCACAAAGACUGA